AUCCACCGUGAAGCCUUCUCCGCAGAAGCAGCAGCAGGGAGACAGACAGAGGGGAAGAUGGCGGCGUCUAUGCUGAGGUCGCUCUCCAGACUCGGACGUCCUUCAGUCAUUUUAAUCAGUAAUGUCAGCACUCCAGCCUGUUCUGUGCUUCAGAAGAGGCUGAAGCAGUGGCAGCCAGAUGUGGAGUGGACAGAGCAGUACUCUGGAGCUGUGAUGUAUCCCAGUGUCAUCACUGAGAAAUGGGCACCUCCACCUUGGAACGAUAAGGAUCCACCAGCGGAGAAGGAGGUGUCCAACCUCACCAUCAACUUCGGGCCUCAGCACCCGGCGGCUCAUGGGGUGCUGCGUCUGGUGAUGGAGCUCAGCGGAGAGUCCGUGAAGAAAUGCGACCCUCACAUCGGCCUCCUGCACCGCGGCACUGAGAAACUGAUUGAGUACAAGACUUAUUUACAGGCACUUCCAUACUUCGACAGGCUUGACUAUGUGUCCAUGAUGUGUAAUGAGCAGGCAUAUUCUCUAGCCGUAGAAAAGCUUCUUAACAUUCAGGCUCCACCACGUGCACAGUGGAUUAGAGUGCUGUAUGGAGAGAUGACCCGUAUCCUGAACCACAUCAUGGGUAUCACCACCCACGCCCUUGACAUCGGAGCCAUGACCCCCUUCUUCUGGAUGUUUGAGGAGAGAGAGAAGAUGUUUGAGUUCUACGAGAGAGUGUCUGGAGCCAGGAUGCACGCUGCAUACGUCAGACCCGGUGGAGUUCAUCAGGACUUGCCUCUUGGUCUCAUGGAUGACAUCUAUGAAUGGUGCAAGAACUUCUCUAUUCGCAUUGAUGAAGUUGAGGAGAUGCUGACCAACAAUCGUAUCUGGAAGAACAGAACUGUUGGUAUCGGUGUAAUUGGGGCAGAGGAUGCACUCAAUUAUGGAUUUAGUGGAGUAAUGCUCCGAGGUUCUGGUAUUAAAUGGGAUCUGAGGAAGAGUCAACCAUACGACAAAUACGAUGAGGUGGACUUUGACGUUGCUGUGGGAAGUAAUGGCGACUGCUAUGACAGAUAUCUGUGCCGAGUGGAGGAAAUGAGACAGUCGCUGCGCAUCAUGCUUCAGUGUCUCAACAAAAUGCCUGCUGGAGAGAUCAAGGUAGAUGAUGCAAAAAUAGCCCCGCCCAAGAGAUCUGAGAUGAAGACGUCAAUGGAAUCUCUCAUUCAUCACUUUAAGCUGUACACUGAGGGCUACCAGGUUCCUCCAGGAGCCACGUACACCGCUGUAGAGGCACCAAAGGGUGAGUUUGGUGUGUACCUGGUGUCUGACGGUUCCAGCAGACCUUACCGCUGCAAGAUCAAGGCACCUGGCUUUGCUCACUUGGCUGGUUUAGAUCAAAUGUCUAAAGGACACAUGCUCGCUGAUGUGGUGGCAAUCAUCGGCACUCAGGACAUCGUGUUUGGAGAAGUGGACCGUUGAGGACUCCAGUGGUUGCUCGUCAUUCUGUUUCUUUGAGAUCCAUUCUAGUGAUGUUAAGACAGAAGUUACUCUCAUUUCUCUAUGUAAAUGCUUAUGAAACCGAAUAAAUAUUUUAAAACCUUGAAAAAA